GUUUACUGGAUAAAAGCAAGCUGCAAUUAGUCAAGGAUGGUCAUGGGAAGAGCGUAGCCAGUAAGAAAGAGGUUUUGGACCGUCCUUGGCAGUGGAUAUGAUUACAUUUUACGAGGACAGGAACUUCCAAGGUCGUAGUUAUGAGUGCAGCAAUGACUGCACAGACCUGCACUCCUACUUCAGCCGCUGUAACUCCAUCAGGGUGGAGAGUGGCUGUUUUAUGAUCUAUGAGCGCCCCAACUACAUGGGCCACCAGUAUUACAUGAGAAGGGGAGAAUAUCCUGAUUACCAGCGUUGGAUGGGCUUCAGUAGCUGUAUCCGAUCAUGCCGUAUGAUUCCAAUGUACCGGGGUUCAUAUAGGAUGCGAAUCUACGAGAAGGCCGACUUUAGCGGUCACAUGAUGGAGUUCAUGGAUGACUGUCCCUGUGUGUCUGAUCGUUUCCACCACCGCCACGUCUACUCCUGUAAUAUCAUGAACGGCUUCUGGAUCUUCUACGAGUAUCCCAACUACCGGGGACGACAGUACUUCCUAAGAGCCGGAGAGUACAGGAGAUACCGUGAAUGGUGCGCCACCUGCGCCAUUGUAGGCUCCUUUAGACGGGUCACUGACUUUUAGCCAUCCUGCUCAAGCACUUGCUGUAAAUACAUGCUUAGUUAUUAAAAUGGUUACAUUUUUAA